GGUUGAAGUUUUCAUUCAACCAUCGUAAAUCUGGUCACACUAACUAUUAGUUUUUUGUUUAUGUUGGGACGUCGGAAAAAUCGGCUGUUUUCCCGUGGUCCGUCUGCAUUGAAAAGCUGCUAAAAAGCUAAAUAUAAAAAUCAGCGCAGCGCGCGGCCAGAGACACGUUCGCUGCAUUGUUUUCCCAUAUGCCGACGGGAAAUAUGUGAGUCGAGUGGAAAAAAAAAACGCAUCUUCUGUGUGUGUAUAUAUAUGGUGCGCAAGUGUGUUGGUGUGUUUGUGCAAUGGUGCAAUGGAAAAAGUCAUUAUUAUAAAUGAAAACGAGUGAAAUGUACAGCCAACAACUCCCACUUGUACGUGUGCGGGGUGCGCAGUGAAGAAGGGUGUUUACCGUUUACCGUUUGCUAUUGCGUCGGUGUGCGUGCCAGAUAAAGACUCGACUCGACUCGAAUUUGCUGCCGCAGAGGAUAUUAGUGUCAACGCAAUAGCCUAAUAUGCAUGCACGUCCAUUAAUUACGCCAAAGGUCAGAAGUUACAGGACCCAAGGAGCAAUAAUAAUGCUGUAAGACGGCGGCCCAAAAGCUAGAGCGAGAGAGGGCGAGCCAAAUCGAGUGCGCUGGUGUGAGUGCGUGGUAGAACAAAGAGGACGAAGAAAACACGGCUGGGCGAAUUCGCCGCAAGGCGAAUUGAGUUUGUUCUAGGAAUCAAACCUAAGGAUAAUCCCCCUAAACUAAAUAAUCCGAAGACUGUUAACGUGAAUAGGCCGAUAACCAUGUCAGCGGCGGAACUCGAGGCGGAGGCAUCCUCGCCAGAUCAGCAGGCCCAGCAACAGGCUCAGCAAGGACAGCAGGGCAAUGAAACGACAUCCACAACCACCACUGCCAUCGAGGAGACUGCUCACUACAACAACAACGAUGACAUCGUUGACACCCAGAUGCCCCUGGCCAAUAUGCAGAUGCAGCAGCAGAUGGACGGAAACAACAGCAACGGAAUGACAGGACUCGGCAUGAGCCUGAUGAACUCCUCGCCACCGCCGCACAGCUAUCGCCAUUCGAGGGCCUAUCGCCACUUCAAGAACCCGCCGCAACCUCACAUGUGCAUCCGCACCACCACGGAAGCGGGCGAGGAGCUCUUCAUCAAUGUCCUUAGCUGGACACGCAUCGUGAUACCACAGGAGCCCAGUGAUCCGAUUCCCCUCUACGGGGGCAUGCGAGUGCCACCUGGCAGUCCGCGCAGUCCUCCCAUUGUGUUUGCGGUGAUGGCCAAUCCAGAGGUCCUGAAAGACUCCGGACGACACAGCAAGGAUCCAGAGGAGCGACGCGCCAUGGUGGAGCUAAUGUGCGACUUUGUGGAGGCUAUGAACCCAGGCGUGAAACUAGUCAGAAACGCCCUUAUACUCAAGGAUCGCGACAUUUCUGGCGAGCUCAAGGAUGUGUGGAAUGCCGUGCAGGCGCAACGUGAUCGGGAGCGCGAAGAGCAGAUGCUGCAGCAGCGCCAGCAGCAGCACUACCAGAACAUCACCACCCAACAGAUGUUUCCCAAGUCGCCGGAUGCUGUACGGGCAGCCAGUGCUUCCGGGGCGGCAAUGAUGGAGGGGAAUUCGCCACCUGCUGCCCUCGGAGAGCCGUUGCUGGCCGAGCAGGGCAAUGGGAACAGUCCCGGCAAUGGGAAUGGCAAUGGCAUCACCCUGGCCGUGUUUGCCCAGCAGCUGGAUAACAAGGUGGCCAGUGAACAAUCGGAGCAGGAGCUAGCGGAACAGGAGUCGAGGCCGCUCGAAGAGGCUUGUGUGGAUCAAACGGAUGCUGGCAGUUCCGUGAAUGGAUCAACAACAACCCCACCAAGCCCACAAGCUGUGGCGGAGCCAGAGCCCGAAGUGAAGGUCGCUGAGCCAAAGGCCACCAAUGGAACAGCAGCUCCUGUUUCCGUGCCGGUGUCGGCAGCUCCUGUUUCCGCCUCACCAGCACCUGCUCCAGCACCCAUUACUCCAGCACCAACUCCCCCACCUGCCGCACCAGCCAAGAAGGAAAAGCUUGGCGGAUUCUUGCCAAACGGUUGCAUCUUCCCGCGCUUCAAGAACAACAAGAACAAGGACAAGGACGGCGGCAGUCACAAGGAGGGCAAGAGCAAAGAGAAGACCCUGCUGAAUGCCCUCAAGAAGAGCAAGGAGAAGAAGGUGGCGCCCAGCGAGCAGCCCGUCGAGAAGGCGAACGCAUCCGACAACGGCACCACCCAGUACGAGAAGAACUGCAUCAAUAAUUUGGAGUGCGAGGUGCAGAAGCUGGACCUGAACAGUGGCUCCAAUGGGGACAACGGCAUGUUCAUCAAGCUGACAGCGGCGGCGGCUGCCAAGUAGAGAUAAUCCUGAAUUUACACAAAUAUCUCGUAGGUAAGUGGGAGCUGGAAGGAGUAGGAGCAGCGAAAGGAUCUUCGAGCAUCCCUUUAGGGCUUAGAGUCGUGGAUAGAGUCGUGUAGCAUAUACAAGAUAUAUAUAUAUAUAUAUAUAUACACCCGCACAGACAGAGAGACACACAGACACACCCCAGCAUUUACACAGUUGGUCAAUUUUUUGGAUAGCUAACCGGAGCAGAGGCUCCUGAAGAGAAGUUAAUAGAUGGAAAGCAACAGUUGUGCCAUGCUCCAGCUCAUAGACGUUUAUAGAGAAAGGAAAUAAAGCUCCCAGGAUCUUCCUCCCGGCAUUUAACUGAGAAAGGAUAAACGUAUUUCAUAGUUCAAUAUACUCGAAUGUAUGACUCGCAUACAGUUUUGCCUUAUAUACAAAAUGAAAGCAGCCCCCAGAGAGCGCCAAACUCCAUUCCUGAACUCCUGACACACCGCCUCAUCUCAUCCUCCCCCAACAUGUGAAAGUAUUACGAUUCAAGCACACCCUACUCCUGGAUCGAUUGAUCUCCAAGCUUUGAAGUUGAGGGCGAACCAACAGGCCAGGUUUAGGUCGAGAGCCUGUUUAAUUUUUUAGCCAACUACUUACUAACUUAUGUACCUUUGUAUACCCGCUAUAGGAUCAGGUAUACAGAUCCCCCUAAGUUUAUUAUUUUUUCAAAAUUUAACACCCUAUCCCUCUGAGUAUUUAUUUACUUUGUGUUGUCAGUUUGUCAGUGUUUUUAUUGUUUGUUCUAACCCGAUCCCUCAACUUCAAACACAACCAAUUCACGAAUCAUCCAUACCAUUAUAGAGUAUAUAGAGUAAACCUCAAGAAUUCGAAUAACAUUCGGGAAACUCAACUGAAUAAGAGAGAAAAACAAAAAGUUUCAACUGCAAUAUCGGACUGAACAAUGCUGCCAUAUAAGAAAAAAUAAAUAAAAAAAUAUAUAUAUACACUUGAUAACUUUGUAUAUGAAGUUUGUAAUUUCCAUAAAUGAACGAAAUUUGAAUUGUGAUUCAUUCAAAAAUCUAAUUUUCUUUCCACAUCGAAGAUAUUUAAAAUUGAGAGAAGCUACAACAAGAAACAACACAACGUAUACCGAAUAAAAUAUAAUUUUAUAGUUCGUUUAUAUUUUUGUUUAAGGUGCCAUACAGGAAGAGUGUAUGAGAGUUAAUCAAAAUUGCAUCCAAUUGGUAUUAUUCGAAACCCAGAGUUUCCUUAAAAUGUGAGUUGAAACGCAAAGUCCCGAAUCGGAUCGGAUCGGUCGAAGAGAACCCUAAAGUAUAUGCUAGUUUUUAAACUGGUUGUAAAUGAUAAAAGCUCGUGUAUAAUUAUUAUUAAAAAAAUAUAUAAAUAUAUAUAUAUAGCACGAACAACGGCAGAAACAGCAACAUCACACUAUAAUUACAAAUUAAAUUAGUUUAAGUUUCAAGUCUUCUCAGCGAAGAGCAAAAAGCAAUAAUUUUACUUCAAAAGAAUGGAUCGAAGGCCAGGAAAAUUAUAAAGAAAAGGCGUAUUGAGUGUUGAUUGAAAUAUAAACUGGAUCUGGAUUGUUUUUUAAAUCUUUAGGGGAUUUUUUAAAUAUUUUUUUAAAACCUAAAAAUUGUAAUUUUUCAAAAACGAAAACUCGAAAAUGUGUAGUUUUUUUUACCAUUUAUGUUUAGACUUUAAAGUGGUCUAUGAUUUUAAUUGAGAGUUGUAGAUUUUGGAAGAAUUCUCUAGAGAUUUCUGAAACAACCCGGAAUAGAAGAAACACAACAGAUACUUGCGGAGAAAACCAACACACAAAACACACACAUUUUUAUAUGUAUAUGUAUGUAAUAAUAAAAGAUCGUAUUUGACAAAAGUGUA